ACAAAUGUCCUCAGAGGUGGUGUCUGAAGUGCAGGUGUCUCUGAAGGAACUUCCCAUGGACAGCUGGAUGGAUCACCUGCCCUGUGCUCUAUGGGACGUUCCCCUGAGGAACCUAGCUAUACCAGGAAGCCACAAUGCCAUAACCUACUGUCUGGAUAGGAGUGACCGCUCCCCUGUCGACCUGACCCAACCUGAUUUGCUGCAGAAGCUAGACAAAUACAUGAAGCCCCUGAUACGACCGUUUGUUUAUAAAUGGGCAGUUACACAGGUAUGAUUUUUAACAACAGAUCAGGGGUGUCAAACUACAUUUCUGGAGCACAAUGUUGUACACUACACUCACUGUAGAGGUAUGACACUCACUGUAGAGGUAUGAUACUAUGGAGUGUACACUACACUCACUGUAGAGACCGUUCUUCAGGAGAUCAGAUCCUGGCUAGAUGUCCAUUCUAGAGAGGUGGUUCUGCUGUCCUUCAGUCACUUCCUGGGUCUGAACCAGGACCUCCACACUGGACUUAUAUCCACCAUCAGAACCAUCUUCAACGCCAGGCUCUGUCCAACUACGGAAGUGGUGACGCUGAGGAACCUGUGGUCGUUGGGUUACCAGGUGAUUGUCUCCUAUGAGCACAGCAUGGUCAGCCUCUGUAGCGACCUUUGGCCUCACAUCCCCUACUGGUGGGCCAACAAGUGUAAAGCCGAGGCUCUGAUCGAGGAGUUCGAACACAGGAAACAACAUGGCCGCCCAGGAGGGUUCUUUGUGACGGGCAUCAACCUGACAGAGGAUCUGAAGUACAUCUGUUCUCACCCCACUGAGUCUCUGAAGGACCUGGUGAUGUCUACCUACCCUGCCCUGCUCUCCUGGGUCAGGGGCCAGAGCCCCGGCUCCGACUCCCACUCCCUCAACAUCAUAGCUGGGGACUUUGUCUCAGAGAGCCACUUCGUACCCACCGUCAUCGCACUGAAUCAACUUUUAGUCCACUGCACUGGUCCUUGUGAUGUUAGCAGAGGAAACUGACCCAUCUGCUGUGUCCCAAAUGACACCAUAUUACCUCUGUAGCCCAUAGGCCUCUGGUCAAAGUCGUGUGUGUGUGUAGGGAAUAGGGUGCCAUUUGGGAUGCAUUAUCUGACACAUCUUAUUGCACAGAAUACCAUGUUUUAACUAUGCUGUAGAAGAGGAUGGGACUGCAGCAUGAUACCAUGUUUUAACUAUGCUGUAGAAGAGGAUGGGACUGCAGCAUGAUACCAUGUUUUAACUAUGCUGUAGAA